AAAUGCACCUUAUGUAAAAUAAAAUCCACAUUAGAAAUCUCCUUUUAGAGAUUUACCAAGUAUGCUUACAUCACAUAUAGCCUACAUACAGUGCAGUAAAUAUAUUUGUAUAUAGUUCCAGUUACCGUCAUGACGCUGAUCCCGGAAGUAAAAGUUUAUUGGCUGAAUCUCAAAUGUCUCAAAAGUGCACUAUAUAACGUGUAGAAACCCUUUAUAUCACACAGUAUGUAGUUAACCACUAGGGUAGGGAGUAGAAUACAAUUUAGGACACAGGCUUUCCCCCUCGACACUUCAAGGAUUUUUAUUUGUAAUUAUUUAUUUAGUUGCAGAGCGGCCAUUUAAAGGCAUGAGCUCCGGGUUACUGAGGCUGGGACUGCAGCUUCGUCCUGACCGGCUAGUGUCCUGUCACAGAGCAUGGAGAAAACAUUAUUCUGCUCAAAGUGGAGCUCUCGAACAGGCCGUAGCAGCUUUCCGCUCAGUCAGCGGUGAUGAUGGUGUGUCUAUGGGUUUAGCAGUGCGAGAACAGCAUGGGAGAGAUGAGUCGGUGCACAGAUGUCGCCCCCCAGAUGUUGUUGUGUUCCCCCGGUGUGUGGAGGAGGUCAGUGCUCUAGCCAAAAUCUGUCACCAUCACCGAUUACCCAUCAUCCCCUUUGGCACAGGAACGGGUCUGGAAGGAGGAGUGGGUGCUGUGAAGGGUGGUGUGUGUUUCAGUCUCAGGAAGAUGGACCAGGUGCUGGAUUUGCACCCGGAGGACUUUGAUGUGACCGUGGAGCCCGGUGUCACUCGUAAAGUACUCAACUCCUACCUGCGUGACACAGGCCUCUGGUUCCCCGUGGACCCUGGUGCUGAUGCCUCUCUUUGCGGCAUGGCUGCCACCAGUGCAUCAGGCACUAACGCUGUGCGCUACGGUACCAUGCGCGAUAACGUCCUCAAUCUGGAGGUGGUGCUGGCGGACGGGACAAUCAUACACACAGCAGGCAAAGGGCGACGACCAAGAAAGAGAGCAGCAGGCUACAACUUGACGAACCUGUUUGUGGGCUCUGAGGGGACGUUGGGGAUCCUGACCAAGGCCACACUCCGGUUGUAUGGCAUUCCAGAGGGCAUGGCGUCGGCCGUCUGCUCCUUCCCCUCAGUUCAGACAGCCGUGGACAGCACAGUGCAGGUGCUGCAGGCCGGAGUGCCCAUCGCUCGCAUCGAAUUCCUGGACGAUGUGAUGAUCGGUGCCUGUAACCGCUUCAACUCUCUGUCCUACCCGAUCCUGCCGACGCUCUUCCUCGAGUUCCAUGGCAGCUCCAGGAGUCUGGAGGAGCAGGUGUCUAUCACAGAGGAGAUCACACGGGAGAAUGGUGGCUCGGACUUCGCCUGGGCUGAGGAUGAGGAGACACGCUCACGACUAUGGAAAGCUCGACAUGAUGCCUGGUAUGCCGCACUAGCACUGCGGCCGGGCUGCAAGGCAUACUCCACCGACGUGUGUGUGCCAAUCUCCCGUCUGCCUCAGGUCAUAGUAGAAACCAAAGACGACCUGAUCAGAAGCAAUCUUAUAGGUCCGAUUGCAGGUCAUGUGGGAGAUGGGAACUUCCACUGCUUCAUGGUGUUAAACCCUGAUGACCCUGAUGAAGUGCAGAGAGUUCACGAGUUCACAGAUAGACUGGCCAGGAUGGCUCUGUUAGUUGGCGGGACGUGUACAGGAGAACACGGCGUGGGUUUGGGGAAAAGGGCUCUGCUGCGGGAGGAACUCUGCCCUCGGACCAUGGAGGUGAUGCAAGGCAUCAAAGCCACACUGGAUCCCAAAAACCUCAUGAACCCUGGGAAAAUCCUGUAGGUGACCUUUGACCUGUGGUCAGAAGCAGAGAGGACAGAACUACCAUGAGAGUACAUCUCUUCAUCUCAAAUGGUAGAUCACAUGUGUAGUGGUGGUGUUAGAACGUCACCCAUUUUAAGUAUCCUGAACACUAGAAUACGGUUCUCAUAAGUCUUCUUCUCUGUGGCCAAGAGUCUGUGUGUGUUACCCAUAAUGUAAUCAAAUGUGAUGCUGCGAAAUGGCAUUUGCUGAUUGCUAUAAAUGGCAGUGAUUCAGUUUAGCCUUUAAAUAAUUCAUUAUAAAGGACAGUGAAUCAAUUCAGCUUUUAAAUGAUUCACUAUAAAUGGCAGUGAGUCGGUUUAGCCUUUAAUUUAUUACAUAAUUUGAUAAAUUGUGACAUUAGCACAUGUUCACAUUUAUUAAGCAUUGUUUAAAUUACAUUAAAUCAGAUUUUGAACUUCUCGUUUCGACUUUGUGAAUAGCCUAUGGCUGGAAUAGUUUGAGAGAUGACAGGUGAAAUAGUGACAUUAUGCAUAAGCUGUCUUUUUUUUUUUUUUUUUUUGAGAAAUAGAAAUUAGCUUUCCACUAGCUGUUCAUUCAAUUGCUCAGUCUGAAUUGUCCAUGAUAAAGAAAGGCAGCCAUCUGCUUACUGCUUUCCAUAUAGGACACUUUAUCUCAGAAAUGCCCUCUACCUAGGCCGCUCGUUAUUGAAUGGAAGCAUGGAUCAAUUGAAGCAUUUCCAAUAACAAUACAAUUAACUUUGGUUCUAAUUUAAUUUCAAACACGGAAUGAAUAAAUAUAUUUUUAAAAAAGGUAUUAAUUAUCUUCUUAUUGCUUUUAAGUCAGAUAUGAAUGCAGGAAUGUACUCCAUGUGGUAAGUGACUGUUUUGCAUGUUAUAAAUCCCAGUAGAUCAUAUUGUUGCUUACUGGUACUUCCCACAUGGGACAUAUUAUUGGAGUUUAAAUUAUAUUCUGAAAUUUAAUAUUACAGUUCAAUAAUUGAAACUAUAUUAUAGUUAGAAGAUUUGUUUGCAGUUCACUCUGUGAAAGAUGCAAAUAAUGUGACGUAUAGAAUGUACUGUACAAUACACCCCGUCAGUGUUUGUAAACAAAAAAGACCCGAGUAGCUUAGCAACCUGAUGCUAAUUUAUAAUCUGACUGAAGACUCUAUCAAGAAAU